AUGAGGCCGCUGCUGGCGCUCUGGCUCGUCCUGGGCGCGCUGCGCCGGAGCCCCGCGGCCGCCCAGCAGGCGGGGGAGUACUGCCACGGCUGGGUGGACGCGCACGGCGGCGACCACGAGGGCUUCCAGUGCCCCGAGGACUUCGACACGCCGGACGCCACCAUCUGCUGCGGCUCCUGCGCGCUGCGCUACUGCUGCGCCGCGGCCGACGCCAGGCUGGAGCAGGGCGGCUGCACCAACGACCGCGGCGGGCGCGAGCCCCCGGGCGUCACCGCGCAGCCCGUGUACGUGCCCUUCCUCAUCGUGGGCUCCAUCUUCGUGGCCUUCAUCAUCCUGGGCUCCUUGGUGGCGGUCUACUGCUGCACCUGCCUGAGGCCCAAGGAGCCGUCCCAGCAGCCCAUCCGCUUCUCGCUGCGCAGCUAUCAGACGGAGGCCCUGCCCAUGAUCCUGCCCUCCGCCGGCCUGCGCGCGCCCUCCCGCCAGUCCAGCACGGCCACCAGCUCCAGCUCCACCGGGGGCUCCAUCCGCAGGUUCUCCUUCGCCCGAGCGGAGCCCGGCUGCCUGGUGCCCUCCCCGCCCCCACCCUACACCACGGGCCACCCCAUCCACCUGGCGCAGCCGUCGGGGUUCCUGGUGUCGCCCCAGUACUUCGCUUACCCGCUCCAGCAGGAGCCCCCGCUGCCCGGGAAGAGCUGCCCGGACUUCAGUCCCAGCUGACGGGCUGCAGCCAUCGGGCCUGCGGGUGGUGGGCCUGCCGUGGGCAGGUGCAGGGCGAGCCACCACCCCGAGGACCUCCAGGGGCAGUGUCCCGGGACCCGGCCACGGCCUGGACGAACGUGGGAGGAGAACGCAGCACCUUCGUAGCCUCCAGCUUCCCGGGCCCCGGUGCAGAAUGGGGGGUGCUGCAGCCUCGGCUUUCACCCCCAGAACUGGUGGUGAUGGCGUUUCAGGCUGUGCUACCUUCAUGCAACACGUGCAGCAGGUGGACUGCAAAGGUGCAGACUGGCUGAGGCCGCGACAGGACAGGUCCGCUGCGCUGACCAGAGGAGGCCAGGGCGUCCUUUGGUUCUUGUGAGUUGUUUAGUGGGUCCUAACGCCGAGAGUGUCAGGAAGCCAAGGGAAAUACCCGACUGCAGUCACUGCAGCUUCUCUUAAAAGAAUUAACAAGUGAGCAGCCUGAGGUAGUGGUGAUUCGGGGAAGCAGCCCAACCACCAACGCCGUUAGUGUCGGGAGGACAGUUACGUGUGAAGUUAGUAACUAGACUUUGUGCAUUUUCAGAACACGAGAUUUUACUAAUCACACGAGCAGUUUAAAGUCUUAAAUCUUCGCUCCGAUUUCCAUCCUAACACAGACCUUAGGUCAAAGCAUUUCCCCCACCCACCUGAGGGAAUAUUUAUUGCUGGACCCUUGGUGCAGCGAGUAGUGUUUAAAUGAAAGUCGGACAGUUCGGUCUCAAGGCAUUUAUUUGUAAAAUGAGUUAUGUACAAAUGUAAAGAGUUGUAACAGUGUAUUUACCACGUGGGCGGCACUAAUUAUUUAGUAGGCACACUGAUUAUUUAUGUUGGUCACUGUGGACUUGAGGGCCCAGCCGCCGGUGGCCUCGUUCUCCGUCCCUUCCGCCGCUGCAUUCUGUGUCUGUUGAUUACGCACUUGGACAUGUAUCAUGCUGGGUUAGAAUAAAUAAAAUACUUUACGUUUUCGUGAACUUCA